CGGAUUGCCAUCCGAGUUCGCCGUGAUUCCUUUCUUUUACACGGAAAGAAGGGGUGUCACACGAGGUCGUCGACCUCUUUUCCACCAUGGAGCAACAACCUAACAGGGCCCAUCGGGCCACCAAGGAGAAGAAGAAGUACGAUGGCCCCAAUCCUAAGGCCUUCGCAUACUCAAACCCUGGAAAAGGAAACAAACAAGGCGCGCGAUCGCACGAUAUCAAAGAGAAAAGACUUCAUGUUCCUUUGGUGGAUCGUCUGCCCGAGGAGGCUCCCCCGCUGGUCGUUGCGGUGGUUGGACCCCCAGGUGUCGGAAAAACCACCCUUGUAAAGUCUUUGAUUCGCCGCUACACCAAGCAGACUCUUAGCACGCCGACCGGACCGUUGACAAUCGUGACCUCGAAGAAGCGCCGGCUUACAAUCAUCGAAUGUCCCUCCGACUCGCUGGCCAGUAUGAUCGAUGUGGCCAAGAUCGCGGAUAUCGUGCUUCUGAUGAUCGACGGCAAUUAUGGAUUUGAGAUGGAGACCAUGGAAUUCCUGAACGUGCUGGCCUCGAGUGGUAUGCCCGGAAACGUGUUCGGAAUCUUGACCCAUCUGGAUCUUUUCAAGAAGCAGAGCACCUUGCGGGCCGCCAAAAAGCGCUUGAAGAACCGUUUCUGGAGUGAGCUUUACAACGGCGCAAAGCUAUUCUACCUCUCCGGUGUGGUUAAUGGCCGGUACCCCGACCGCGAGAUUCACAAUCUUUCUCGCUUCCUAUCCGUCAUGAAGAACCCUCGACCGUUGAUCUGGCGUAACUCUCACCCGUAUGCGCUCGCAGAUCGCUUCCUGGACAUCACACCCCCAACCGACAUCGAAGAGAACCCGAAGUGCGACCGGACGAUAGCGUUGUAUGGCUACCUGCGUGGUACCAACUUCUCCGCCCAAGGUGCCCGAGUGCAUGUUCCCGGAGUCGGCGACUUGACUGUCUCAGGUAUCGAGAGUCUCCCCGACCCUUGUCCUACGCCUCACAUGGACCAACAACUAGCCAAGGCCGGCGGCAAGUCAAGCAAACGCAGACUGGGAGAUAAGCAGAAACUCUUGUUCGCGCCCAUGUCCGACGUCGGUGGUGUGUUGGUCGACAAAGAUGCUGUUUACAUUGAUGUCAAGACAAACAACUUCGAGCGCGAGGAGGAUGAGGAGAGUGACGACGAAGACCGUGGUCUCGGUGAGCAAUUGGUUGUCGGCCUGCAGGGUGAGCGAAAGUUGCUCGGUGAAGCCGAUGGCGGUGUCCGUCUGUUUAGCGGCGGUGAAGCUAUAGCCAAGGCGGACGACGAGGAUGAUGCCGCGGGUAGAAAGCGCAGAAGGAACGUCCGGUUCAUGGACGACGAAGACAAACAGACCGCACUGAACGACGAUGACGAGGGAUUCGACAGUGCAGAGGGCGACGAGGAUGAUGAGGAAAUGGACGGUGAUGAGGCUGAUGGGGCUAGCGACGAGGAAGGGUUGGACCUCGCUGCCCCGGCAGACUUUGAAACCAGUUUCCGGGAGAAGCAAGAUGGCAAAGACCGCGGAGACAAAGAUGACAUCGCAUUUGCCGACAGCGACUCAGACCUUGGCUCUAUCUCAUCCGUCGAGGAUCAGGAAUUGGACAGCGACGAGGAUGAGGAUGACAUGGAAGGCGAGGAUGACGGCGCAUUCCGCUGGAAAGAGAACAUGGCCGCCAACAUCAAAGCUCUCCACGCCAGCAGGCCUAAAUACCGUGUUACCGACCUCUCGCGUAUGAUGUACGACGAAUCUCUCGACCCCGCCGACGUGAUCCGGAAAUGGUCUGGCAAAGACACUGAGGAGGAAGAGGAAGAAGAGGAGGCCGAGGAUGAGGGAGAUGACUUCUUCAAGAAAACCAACAACGAGAAGGCGGAGCAGUCAGAGUAUCGCUCUGUCCCUGAGUUCGACUAUGAGGCCCUGGAACAGAAGUGGCAAGAGGAGGAUCUCCUCGAGUCUUUACGCAGCCGAUUUAUCACCUCUCAUCGCUCCGGAGACGGAGACGAUGAUUUCGAUGAUGAUGAGGAUGAUGAAGGCGACGGAGAGUUCGAGGACCUCGAGACCGGGGAAGCAUUUAAUGGAAUCGAAGAUGAAGAGGAUGGUGAUGGCGAUGAUGACGAGGCUGAGGAGAACGAUGGGCCCGUUGAUCUGGAUGCGGAGCGUGAGCGGAAUGCAAAGAAAAAGGAGGAGCUGAGGCUACGCUUUGAAGAGGAAGAUCGCGAAGGUUUCGCAAACUCCAAGGAUAACUCAAGGCAGGACGGCGGCGGAGAAGACGAAUUCGGUGAGGACGAUUGGUACGACGCGCAGAAGGCCAAGCUACAGAAACAGCAAGAUAUCAACCGUGCCGAGUUUGACACCCUGGACCCGGCAUCCCGGGCCAGAGCGGAGGGCUUCAAGGCCGGUACCUAUGCCCGUAUCGUCCUCGAGAACGUGCCCUGCGAGUUUGCGACGAAGUUCAACCCUCGCUACCCUGUCAUCGUCGGUGGACUGGCACCAACCGAGGACCGAUUUGGAUACGUGCAGAUCCGUAUCAAGAGACACCGUUGGCACAAGAAGAUCCUCAAGAGUAACGACCCGUUGAUCUUCUCGCUUGGUUGGCGCCGGUUCCAAACCUUGCCCAUUUACAGCACGUCCGACAGUCGGACGCGAAACCGAAUGCUCAAAUACAGCCCUGAGCACAUGCACUGCUUCGCGACCUUCUACGGACCUCUCGUUGCCCCGAACACCUCGUUCUGCUGCGUGCAGACCUUCUCCAACAAAGCGCCGGGUUUCCGAAUUGCCGCGACGGGAACGGUACUGAACGUGGACGAGCAUACGGAGAUCGUGAAGAAGCUGAAGUUGACCGGUAUACCCUACAAGAUCUUCAAGAACACCGCUUUCAUCAAGGAUAUGUUCAACUCUGCGAUUGAAAUUGCCAAGUUCGAGGGAGCGUCCAUUCGCACCGUGUCUGGCAUUCGAGGUCAGAUCAAGCGGGCCCUCAGCAAGCCCGAAGGGUUCUUCCGUGCCACGUUUGAAGACAAGAUUCUCAUGAGUGACAUUGUUUUCUUGCGUGCCUGGUACCCGAUCAAGCCGCAUCGAUUCUACAACCCGGUGACCAACCUGCUCGACCAGGAUGAACAGGAGGGGUCGGGUGAUGGUGGAUGGAAGCGGAUGCGUCUCACCGGCGAGGUCCGUCGUGACAAGGGCAUCGCCACGCCCAUGAACAAGGACUCGGCCUACCACAAGAUCGAGCGACCCACGCGUCAUUUCAACCCUCUCCGCGUGCCCCGACAGCUGGCUACCGACCUGCCCUUCAAGUCGCAGAUCACCAAGAUGAAGCAACACAAGGACCAGACAUACAUGCAGAAGCGGGCCGUCGUCCUCGGAGGCGAAGAGAAGAAGGCGCGCGACCUCAUGCAGAAGCUCACUACGAUGCGCAACGACAAGCAGAGCCGACGGGCGGAGAAGCAGGAAGAGCGACGCAAGGUCUACCGGGCCAAGGUUGCCGACAGCCUGGAGAAGAAGUCGGAGCGGGAGAAGAGAGAGCGUGAUGAUUACUGGCGACGUGAGGGUAAGAAGCGCAAGAACACCGGCGAUGAAGGAGGCGGCGGCGGCAAGAAGCGCCGGUAGAGGAAUUUACUCUGUCUAUCUAUAUCCCUGGCGAUUUCUGUCUUUGAUUAGCUGGCAAAAGUUGUGUUGUGAAUAAUGCCCAUAUGUAUCUAUCAACCUGUUGCAUGGGGGAUGGCGUUGAAAAAAAUAUACCUGACGUUUG